AUGGCGAUUCUGGAUGAAGAUGGAAAAUUGAGUCAAGACAGUGAACAUGAAUUCGAUUGUAUACUAACAAAGUACUCUCUGCUUGCAAUUUCCUCGCUUGAGGAUGAAUUAAAACCACUGAGUAAUGAGCAGAGAAUUCCGGGUAUUCUUCCAAGCGAUUUCAUUGGUCAUCAAGGUUUGAGCGAUAGAGCUGUGGAGAACCACAAGCGGUUGAGGAUCGGGUUUCGAGCUGACAACGCCUCUUCUUUCUUCCACCACAGUUCUAAGGUUACUGAUUCUGUGAGUUUUCCUAUGCUUUGGUAUAGAACCCCGGGUGACCGCUAUCCUAGAAGCUAG